CUGUCGGCUGCCUACCGGCCUCGUGUCUGACUGGUGCGCAGCCCCGAGUCCUUGCCAGCCCCUCCACUCCCCGCCCCCUCCUCCGGCCUUCUCCCGUCUGGGCCGGUCCCCGGCUUCCAUCUCCCACCCUGAGCCGGUACUUGUUCCCCGCCUGCUGUCCUCCAAGGGUCCCUGUCUGAGCCCCGGCCCCAUGGCUCUGCAGGCUUUGCAGAGCUCGGGGGUGGCCUUUCGCAAGAUCCUGUCUCACUUCCCCGAGGAGCUGAGCCUGGCUUUCGCCUACGGCUCGGGGGUGUACCGCCAGGCGGGGCCCAGCUUAGACCAGAAGAAUGCCAUGCUGGACUUCGUGUUCACAGUCGAUGACCCCGUUGCAUGGCAUUCAAAGAACCUGAAGAAGAACUGGAACCAUUACUCGUUCCUAAAAGUUUUGGGGCCCAGCUUUAUCACCACUGUGCAGAAUAACUACGGCGCCGGCGUUUACUACAACCCAUUGAUCACGUGUGACGGGAGGCUUAUCAAAUAUGGCAUUAUUAGCACUAGUGUUUUGAUUGAAGAUCUCCUCGACUGGAAUAACUUAUACAUCGCUGGACGACUCCAGAAACCGGUGAAAAUCGUAGCAAUGAACGAGAAUGUCGCUCUCAGGUCAGCCCUGGAUAAAAAUCUGAAGAGUGCUGUGACCGCUGCUUUCCUCAUGCUCCCCGAAAGCUUUUCUGAGGAAGACCUGUUUAUAGAGAUUGCCAGACUCUCAUAUUCAGGUGACUUUCGGAUGGUGGUCGGAGAGGAUAAGGCAAAAGUGUUGAAUAUUGUGAAGCCCAACAUAGCCCACUUUCGUGAGCUCUAUGGCAGCAUUCUACAGGAGAAUCCCCAAGUGGUAUAUAAAAUCCAGCAAGGCAGCCUGGAGAUCGAUAAAAGCCCAGAAGGACAGUUCACUCAGCUAAUGACAUUGCCCAAAACCUUACAGCAACAAAUAAAUCAUAUUAUGGACCCUCCUGGAAAAAACAGAGAUGUGGAAGAAACUUUAUUACAAGUGGCUCAUGACCCCGACUGUGGAGACGUGGUGCGUCUAGGGCUCUCGGCAAUCGUGAGACCUUCCAGUAUGAGACAGAGCACCAAAGGCAUUUUCACUGCUGGCCUGAAGAAAUCAGUGAUUUAUAGUUCUCUAAAACUGCAUAAAAUGUGGAAAGGAUGGCUGAGAAAAACAUCCUGAUUUUGCUUGCUUUUAUCUAUGUUACGUGUAGCUGAAUAAAAUGAUCCUUUUUGACAGAA